GCUUUGCUCUCAUUUCAAAUUACGCUUUGCUAAACACAAUUAGUUCUCAAAUUGUGCUAACACGUGAUAUGUUUAGUGUUUUUUAUUAACAGUGAAGUUUGUCAAUAAUACACUAUGAAAUCGAUAAUAUUGAUAGUUGUUGUUUGCAUUUCAAAUGCACUUGCUUAUCACGAUCCCGACUUAAACUACCAUUUAAGCCAACUGCAGAACGUUCAGGGUUGUAGCGACAACGGCUAUUCAUACCCGACACCGGCAGUGCAAUUGUCAUUAACAGACGUAAAAGCGACUACAGCUCCAAGACUAAUUGAAUCAGCUUCAUUGUCAUCCUCAAAUGCAUACAAAAGUGCUAACGAAUACUCACAGUCGGUUCUAUUUCAAGCUGCUGCACCAAAAGUAACCUACCAAGCGCAACCAACAGUCUCAUACCAAGCACAACCAACAUUUUCGUACCAAGCACCAAUAGCUAUACAAGAUGCCACCGCCCUUAACGCAGAAUAUACGGCUCAAAGAGAAGAACACGGAUAUGCUACCUCAGCAGGAUUAUCUUCUUCCGCAGUGGGAACAAUAAUUCCUCAAGCUACAUACAAUCAAGCACCGAUCAUUGCCAAAAUUACCGCUGCACCUUUGCAAACUAAAUUUACUUUAGCUCCCGCCAAGACUACAUACGUGUCUCAAAAUUCAGUCUCACAACAAUCAUCAUAUUCGACUGGAUCUUUGGCAAAACAAUCACUAAACUCUUUCACCCACUCUGUUGGGCCAGUUGUAUCCCAGGUUUAUGCUGCUCCUAGAGCCAGUUACGCAACAUCAGACGCUCUGAAGACCCAAUCUCAAUCUCAAUAUGUAGCUCCAGCCUAUACAAUCAAUCAGUAUAACCAAAUCCCAGCUAACACUUAUUCUGUGGCCGCGCAAGCCUAUAGAGCACCAGCUGUUUCUCAAUACUCCACAUAUUCUGUUUCACACAAUGCUGCCCCAGCUCAGUAUGCAGCACCGGCCUUGACUAAAUACGCUGCUUCUAAUGUAGCUCAAUACUCUGCACCAGCUCUUCAAUAUUCAACCUCAGCAGCAUCACAAUAUUCAGUACCUUUAACAACUCACUAUUCAGCACCUACCGUCACUCAAUACUCCGCACCGGUAGUUGCUCAGUACUCUGCCCCAGCAGUAACACAGCAAGCCACACAUAUAUCCCAAUACUCUGCACCUGCAGUCGCACAUCAAUCAGUAGCGCAUGUAGCAGCACCAGCAAUAUCUGUGUCUUCGGCAGCACAAUACGCAGCAGGACAACACGCUGUUAAAAAUGUCCAUAGAGAAUUCGUGGAAAAUUAUGAUGCGCACCCUCGUUACGCGUUCGAAUAUGGAGUAAACGAUCCUCACACUGGCGAUAUCAAGCAACAGAAAGAGCAACGCGAUGGUGAUGUUGUAAAAGGUCAGUACUCCUUGGUGGAACCGGACGGCUCGGUGCGUACGGUGGACUACAUCGCCGAUUGGGAGACCGGUUUUCAUGCAAACGUUCACAAUAGCAAAGACAACAAACAUUAGACAUUCAUUAAGAAAUACUUAAGUUACCGAUACCUUUUACUAUAUUGAAGUUAACCUGACACCAGUCAUUUAAUUUUUUCCGACCUUGCCCUGUAAUUCUUCGUACAUGGCUUACAUGCAAUACGUGUUGCAAAUGUUGCGAUUUAAAAAAACAUUGAUUUAAUAUUUUUUUUAUGAUUCGAAAUUUAAAUUUUUUUUACAUGUAUUAUAUAAUCAUUUAAAAGUUUUUUUUUUUAAUAUGUUAGAGACUACAAUUCAACAACUUGUUAAAAUAGUUUACAGUACGUUCAAUAUAUCUGCUAUGAACUUCAAACGGCCUCUCUUAUCCAUUUGUGCCAUAGAGUAUAGUAAAUGUAACGCUUAUAAUAGGUAAGUAGUGUGUAGUUAUAUAUUGUAAAAAUAUUUUUAGUGUGAAUAAAAUUGUUAAAAAAUUCUGUAGGGAAACAAAUGACAUACCUACUUUCUCACAUGUACAUGAAAUAAAUCAUUUAUUUAGGCUAAAAAUUAGCAUUUCAUUAAAAUUAAUAAAAAAAAAAUUAAGUC